CAAUAUAUGUUACUCGUGGCAAGAGGCAGCAAGGGUCAUGUAAGAAAAGGUCCCAGUCCCCAGAAGACCAAUUUGGUCUUCAGGAGGUCUUCCAAACAUCAGGCCAUAACAAGGAUUCAGUGACACUGGACAAUCUUGCAAAACUGCCCAGCUUGUCUCCACCACCAGAGCCAAUAGACACUUCAGUAACCUCACGGAGACAGGCCAGAACCGGUCUGAGGAAAGUUCACAUGAAAAAUGAACUUUCGGGAGACAUAAUGCAUCCACAAAUAUCAGGGGAAAUCGUGGACUUACCUAGAGAACCAGAAGGUGAAGGCAAAGUCAUUAAAACAAGGAAGCAAUCUGUAAAAUGGAAAUUGGACACAGAAGUGAAUGUGCCUCGAAGUAAGAGGCAAAGAAUUAAAAGAGCAGAAAAGACCCUAGAGGAUCUGCCUGGCUUCCAAGAGCUCUGCCAAGCUCCAAACUUGCUAAUGGACUCAGUUAUUGUUGAGAAAACCACAAAGAUGCCUGGCAAAUCUCCAGAACCUGUGGAUACAACUUCAGAGACACAGGCAAGAAGAAGACUCAGGAGACUGGUUGUUACUGAAGAGCCCAUACCACAAAGAAAGACUACAAGAGUUGUAAGGCAAACCAGAAACACACAGAAAGAGCCCAUAAGUGACAAUAAAGGUAUGGAAGAGUUUAAGGAAUCUUCAGUACAGAAACAAGACCCAAGUGUAAGUUUAACUGGCAGGAGGAACUAAACAAGGACAGUUAAGGAGAAAACCCCACCCUUAGAAGAACUCAUCAGUUUCCAAGAGGAAACUGCCAAAAGAAUAUCUUCCAAAUCUCCACAACCAGAAGAGAAGAAAACCUUAGCAGGUUUAGAGAGGCAGCUCAGAAUACAACUACUCAACGUUGGUGUAAAAGAAGAGCCCACAGCACAGAGAAAGCAACCAUCCAGGGAAACCAGGAAAACACUCAAAGAGCCUGGGGGUGACAGUAUAAAUGUUGAAGAGGUUAAGAAGUCUACAAAGCAGAAAACUGAUCCAGUAGCAAGUGUGCCCGUCAGCAAGAGGCCACAGAGGGUACCCAAGGAAAAGGCACAGGCCCUAGAAUUGUCUGGUCUCAAAGGACCAAUCCAAACCCUAGGCCACACUGAUGAAUCAGCAAGUGAUAAAGGAUCCACACAGUUGCCCUGUAAUUCUCUACAACCAGAGCAAGUUGACAGCUUCCAAACCUCACCGAGGCGACCCAGGACAAGACGUGGGAAAGUAGAGGCAGAUGAAGAGCCUUCAGCAGUAAGGAAGACAGUAUCAACAUCAAGUCAAACUAUGCGAUCCCGCAAGGUCCCCGAAAUUGGUAACAAUGGUACCCAAGUUUCAAAGGCCUCCAUAAAGCAGACAUUAGAUACAGUAGCCAAAGUAACUGACAGCAGGAGGCAGCUAAGGACACAUAAGGAUGGGGUUCAACCUCUUGAAGUGUUAGGUGACUCCAAAGAAAUAACCCAAAUAUCAGAUCACUCUGAGAAACUAGCACACAACACCAGUAUCCUUAAGAGCACUCAACAGCAAAAGCCAGACUCAGUA